AAUGUCUUCCAAUUUGUAUUGGCUGUAGUCUGCAUAUCAUAUCAGCGCAAAAGAUGUCAAAUGUUAGCUUUCUUGAGUUCCAGUACAAGCUUUCAAAGAACAAGUUUCUGCGCAAACCGUCCCGGUUGAUUUCCUUCCGAGACAGGCAAAACUCCAACCUAGUUCCAACCUCCCAGCCAAACUUGGAUGACAUGAGGCGAGUUUUCGAUAAAUUUGAUUCCAACAAAGAUGGCAAGAUCUCUCAGCAGGAAUACAAGGUCAUAUUGAGGGCUCUUGGGCAGGAUAACAUGAUAGGAGAAGUACCGAAUAUUUUCCGGGCGGUUGAUCUGGAUCGAGAUGGGUUUAUCAGUUUCAAAGAGUUUGUGGAGGUUCACAAGGGAAAUGGGGUGAAGACAAUGGACAUACAGAGCGCUUUCCGGGCAUUCGACGCAAAUGGUGAUGGCAAAAUAAGUGCAGAAGAAGUAAUGGAGAUGUUGAAAAGGCUUGGAGAGAGGUGUACUCUUGAAGAUAGCCGGAGAAUGGUGAGAGCUGUGGACGCUAAUGGCGAUGGUAUGGUUGAUAUGGAUGAGUUCAUGACCAUGAUGACUCAAACUCUCAAGCAUGGUUAGGGCCGAAGUGUUAGUUGUAUUCUCUACGUAUUUAUGCUUAUUAAGUUGGCUUUUGAGGUUUGCAUUUGGGGGAAAAUCAUGUUAUGGGUACUUUUAUACAAUAAAUGAUGAUAUAAUACCAAACACAAGUUACACCAUUCUACACAGUAAAAUGGUCGACUGAAAGUGUGGUUUAUGAGGCAA